GGCCUCCCUCCCUCCAUACCCGCUUGGCCUGGCCGGCCCGGCGGCCGACGUUCCCCGUGCGUGCGGGCGCCUGACUUCACUUCCGGCUAACGCGCUCCGCUUUGCCCCCUGGCCCCGGAUGGUGACUGGUUGUGGCGCUGCACCUCCCGGGACUGUCACUGAGCCGCUUCCCAGUGUGAUUGUGCUGAGCGCAGGCCGGAAGAUGGCGGCUGCGGCUGCGGAGGCCUCGGGCCCGAGCUGCUCCUCCGCGGCGGCGGCGACGGCGGCAGGGGCGACGGCGGCCGGGGUCUCCGAGUGGCUGGUGCUGCGGGAUGGCUGCAUGCGCUGCGACGCCGACGGACUGCACAGCCUGUCCUACCACCCGGCGCUCAACGCCAUCCUGGCCGUCACCAGCCGCGGGACCAUCAAAGUCAUCGACGGCACGUCGGGGGCCACCCUUCAGGCCUCGGCGCUGAGCGCUAAACCCGGUGGACAAGUGAAAUGUCAAUAUAUUUCCGCUGUGGAUAAAGUGAUAUUUGUGGAUGAUUACGCAGUAGGUUGUAGGAAAGACCUUAAUGGAAUCUUGUUGUUAGACACUGCUCUGCAAACUCCAGUUUCAAAGCAGGAUGAUGUGGUUCAGCUUGAACUUCCUGUCACGGAGGCACAGCAGCUCUUAUCAGCAUGUCUAGAAAAGGUAGAUGUUUCUAGUACAGAGGGUUAUGAUUUGUUCAUCACACAGCUCAAAGAUGGCUUAAAAAAUACAUCUCAUGAGACCGCAGCAAACCAUAAAGUUGCUAAGUGGGCCACAGUUACAUUUCAUCUUCCUCAUCAUGUAUUGAAGUCUGUUGCCAGUGCCAUUGUAAAUGAACUCAAGAAAAUAAAUCAAAAUGUUGCUGCCUUACCUGUGGCAUCCUCGGUGAUGGACAGACUGUCUUACCUCUUACCCAGUGCACGUCCAGAACUUGGUGUGGGGCCAGGGCGCUCUGUAGACAGGGCAUUGAUGUAUAGUGAGGCUAACAGAAGGGAGACAUUCACUUCGUGGCCUCAUGUUGGCUAUAGGUGGGCACAGCCAGAUCCUAUGGCUCAAGCUGGAUUUUAUCAUCAGCCUGCCUCAUCUGGAGAUGAUAGAGCCAUGUGCUUUACUUGUAGUGUAUGUCUCGUUUGUUGGGAGCCUACAGAUGAACCUUGGUCUGAACAUGAGCGACAUUCCCCCAACUGCCCUUUUGUGAAAGGCGAGCACACCCAGAAUGUGCCCUUGUCAGUCACGCUGGCAACGAGUCCUGCACAGCUUCCUUCUGCAGACGGAACUGACAGAAUAUCUUGCUUUGGCUCGGGGAGCUGCCCACAGUUUCUUGCUGCUGCCACCAAACGUGGGAAGAUCUGCGUAUGGGACGUCUCCAAACUCAUGAAGGUGCACUUGAGGUUUGAAAUUAAUGCCUAUGAUCCAGCAAUUGUGCAACAACUGAUCCUAUCAGGAGACCCAAGCUCGGGAGUUGAUUCAAGGAGACCGACUUUGGCAUGGCUAGAGGACUCUUCUAGUUGCUCAGACAUACCAAAACUGGAAGGAGACAGCGAUGAUUUACUGGAGGAUUCAGACAGCGAAGAGCAUUCCAGAUCAGAUUCUGUGACGGGGCAUACAUCACAAAAGGAAGCCAUGGAAGUAAGCCUUGAUAUAACAGCGCUCAGCAUUCUCCAACAGCCAGAAAAACUGCAGUGGGAGAUUGUGGCAAAUGUGCUUGAGGAUACUGUUAAAGAUCUUGAAGAACUUGGGGCAAAUCCUUGCUUAACAAACUCUAAGAGUGAAAAGACAAAGGAGAAGCACCAGGAACAACACAACAUUCCCUUUCCAUGUUUAUUGGCUGGAGGUUUAUUAACAUAUAAAUCUCCCGCUACCUCACCCAUUAGUAGUAAUUCCCACAGGUCACUGGAUGGUUUAAGCAGAACUCAGGGCGAAAGUAUAUCAGAACAAGGGUCAACUGACAAUGAAUCCUGCACAAAUUCAGAACUGAAUUCUCCUCUGGUAAGGAGGACUUUACCUGUUUUACUUCUUUAUAGUAUCAAAGAAUCUGAUGAGAAAACAGGAAAGAUCUUCUCACAGAUGAACAAUAUUAUGAGUAAAAGUUUGCACGAUGACGGUUUUACAGUUCCUCAAAUUAUUGAAAUGGAGCUGGAUAACCAGGAACAGUUGUUGUUGCAGGAUCCUCCUGUGACCUACAUUCAGCAGUUUGCAGAUGCAGCAGCCAGCCUCACCUCUCCAGAUUCUGAGAAGUGGAACUCUGUGUUCCCCAAGCCUGGGACUUUGGUUCAGUGCUUGAGGCUACCAAAGUUUGCAGAGGAGGAGACUCUUUGUAUAGACUCCAUAACUCCUUGUGCUGAUGGAAUUCAUUUGUUGGUAGGACUGCGGACAUGCUCUGCUGAAUCAUUGAGUGCAAUAAAUCAAGUCGAGGCCUUGAAUAAUUUAAAUAAAUUAAACUCUGCACUAUGUAAUAGGCGGAAAGGUGAGCUGGAAUCCAAUCUUGCUAUAGUGAAUGGUGCAAAUAUGAGUGUGAUCCAACAUGAGACACCAGCAGAUGUACCGACUCCUUUGAUCAUCCAUCCGGAGCAGAGGAAUGUUAGUGGUGGAUAUUUAGUUCUUUACAAAAUGAAUUACACCACUCGAAUAGUGACUUUAGAAGAGGAGCCAGUAAAAAUCCAACAUAUCAAAGAUCCCCAGGACACAAUUACCUCGCUCAUUUUGCUUCCACCAGAUAUACUGGAUAAUCGAGAGGAUGACUGUGAAGAACCUGCAGAAGAAGUGCAGUCAACCUCAAAGAAUGGGAUUGAAAGAGAAAAGAAGUCUGACAUUUCUACUCUUGGACACCUGGUGAUUACCACUCAGGGAGGAUAUGUAAAAGUAUUAGACCUUUCAAACUUUGAAAUUUUGGCCAAAGUGGAGCCUCCCAAAAAGGAGGGCACUGAAGAACAGGAUACAUUUGUGUCUGUCAUUUACUGCUCAGGCACAGACAGGCUGUGCGCAUGCACCAAAGGUGGUGAGCUUCAUUUUCUCCAAAUUGGAGGAACCUGUGACGAUAUUGAUGAAGCUGAUAUUCUGGUAGAUGGAUCCCUUUCUAAAGGAAUAGAACCAUCUUUAGAAGGUUCCAGACCUUUAUCAAAUCCUUCAAGUCCUGGUAUUUCAGGAGUUGAUUUAUUGGUGGACCAGCCAUUCACACUUGAAAUCUUGACGUCUCUAGUAGAGCUAACUCGAUUUGAGACACUGACUCCACGAUUUUCAGCUACUGUUCCUCCGUGUUGGGUAGAAGUGCAACAAGAGCAGCAGCAAAGACGGCACCCUCAGCACCUGCACCAGCAGCACCAUGGAGAUGCUGCUCAGCACACCCGGACUUGGAAACUGCAGACUGACAGCAACAGCUGGGAUGAACAUGUAUUUGAAUUGGUUCUACCUAAAGCCUGUAUGGUUGGACAUGUAGACUUCAAAUUCGUUCUGAACUCGAACAUCACCAGUGUUCCCCAGAUACAAGUGACACUGCUGAAGAACAAGGCUCCAGGCCUAGGGAAAGCCAAUGAAACAGCAGUAGAUAGGCAGAUCACCUUUCCUUUGUCUCCAGCUCUUAACAUUGAAGUGGAACAAAAUGGGAGCCCGUCUCUGGUUGAUUUGAAUGAAGAGAUGCAGCACAUGGAUGUAGAGGAGUCACAGUGUGUUAGGUUAUGUCCAUUUUUAGAGGACCAUAAAGAAGACAUUCUGUGUGGCCCAGUAUGGCUUGCUAGUGGUCUUGAUCUAUCAGGUCAUGCUGGGAUGCUGACAUUGACAAGCCCCAAACUUGUUAAAGGUAUGGCAGGAGGGAAAUAUCGCUCGUUCUUAAUCCAUGUCAAAGCAGUGAAUGAAAGAGGAGCAGAUGAGAUGUGUAGCAGUGGCAUGCGUCCUGUUGUGAGGCUUCCAUCUCUGAAACACCAGGGUCACAAGGGCUACUCUCUUGCUUCUCUCUUGGCAAAGGUUGCAGCAGGCAAGGAAAAAUCAUCUAAUGUUAAAAAUGAAAAUGCAGGAAGUACUCGUAAGUCUGAAAAUCUCCGGGGAUGUGACUUACUUCAAGAGGUCUCUGUCACCAUUCGGAGAUUUAAGAAAACUUCAAUUUCAAAGGAAAGGGUUCAGCGUUGUGCCAUGUUACAGUUUUCAGAAUUUCACGAGAAGCUUCUUAACACUCUUUGUAGAAGAUCAGAUGAUGGGCAGGUCACAGAACAUGCUCAGAGUCUUGUGUUGGACGCUCUCUGCUGGUUAGCUGGAGUCCAUUCAAAUGGACCUGGCAGUUCUAAGGAAGGAAACGAUUGCCUGCUUUCAAAAACGCGAAAAUGUCUUUCAGACAUUGUCCGUGUUUGCUUCUUUGAGGCAGGACGAAGUAUAGCCCAUAAAUGUGCCCGGUUUCUAGCCUUGUGCAUUAGUAAUGGCAAAUGUGACCCCUGUCAGCCUGGAUUUGGAUCUGUUCUUUUGAAGGCUUUACUUGACAAUAUGUGCUUUUUGCCAGCAGCAGCAACUGGUGGCUCUGUCUAUUGGUAUUUUGUACUGCUAAAUUACGUUAAGGAUGAAGACUUGGCUGGAUGCAGUACAGCUUGUGCAGCUUUACUGACUGCUGUUUCCAGACAGUUGCAGGACAGGCUGACACCAUUGGAGGCUCUACUUCAAACAAGAUAUGGAUUAUACAGUUCACCAUUUGAUCCAGUCCUUUUUGACUUGGAGAUGAGUGGCUCUUCUUGUAAAAAUGUAUAUAAUAGCAGCAUUGGUGUCCAGUCAGACGAAAUUGAUUUAUCGGAUGUUCUUUCAGGAAAUGGAAAAGUCAGCAGUUGCACAGCUGCUGAGGGAAGCUUCACAUCUCUCACUGGACUUUUAGAAGUUGAGCCCCUGCACUUUACUUGCGUGUCAACUAGUGAUGGGACCAGAAUAGAAAGGGACGAUGCAAGUACGUUUACUGUGAGUUCCUUCGGGGUUACUCCUGCAGUAGGUGGACUAUCAUCUGGGACAGUUGGGGAAGCCUCGACAGCUCUGAGCUCAGCAGCCCAGGUAGCUUUGCAGUCUCUCUCUCAUGCAAUGGCUUCAGCCGAGCAACAGCUACAGGUGCUGCAAGAGAAACAGCAGCAGCUUUUGAAGCUUCAGCAACAGAAAGCCAAGCUGGAAGCCAAGUUGCACCAGACAACAGCUGCAGCAGCUGCAGCAGCAUCAGCAGCAUCGGCAGGAGGUCCUGUUCACAACUCUGUGCCUUCCAACCCAGUGGCUGCUCCUGGAUUUUUCAUCCAUCCAUCAGAUGUUAUUCCACCUACUCCAAAAACAACACCACUCUUUAUGACUCCUCCACUCACCCCACCCAAUGAAGCCGUCUCUGUUGUGAUUAAUGCUGAACUUGCACAGCUUUUCCCAGGCUCUGUCAUUGACCCUCCAGCAGUGAAUCUUGCUGCGCAUAACAAAAAUUCCAACAAAUCUAGAGUGAAUCCACUUGGUUCUGGGCUGGCUCUUGCAAUUUCUCAUGCUUCACAUUUUCUUCAGCCUCCACCUCACCAGUCCAUUAUUAUAGAGCGAAUGCAUUCAGGAGCCAGAAGAUUUGUGACCCUGGAUUUUGGAAGACCUAUACUAUUGACAGAUGUACUGAUACCCACUUGUGGAGACUUGGCCUCCUUAUCAAUUGACAUAUGGACGUUAGGAGAAGAAGUGGAUGGAAGGCGUUUGGUAGUGGCAACUGAUAUAAGCACUCAUUCACUAAUUCUCCACGACUUAAUACCACCACCUGUAUGCAGAUUCAUGAAGAUAACUGUCAUUGGACGUUAUGGAAGCACAAAUGCCAGAGCAAAGAUACCUUUAGGAUUUUACUAUGGGCAUACCUAUAUCUUGCCUUGGGAAAGUGAGCUCAAGUUGAUGCAUGAUCCUCUAAGAGGUGAAGGAGAGUCUGCCAACCAGCCAGAAAUUGACCAGCAUUUAGCAAUGAUGGUUGCUUUACAAGAAGAUAUACAGUGCAGAUAUAACUUAGCCUGUCAUCGUCUGGAAGCUCUUUUGCAGAGUAUUGAUCUUCCUCCUCUCAACAGUGCGAACAAUGCACAGUACUUUUUGCGAAAACCAGACAAAGCAGUUGAGGAAGAUAGUAGAGUUUUUUCUGCUUAUCAAGAUUGUAUUCAGCUACAGCUUCAACUAAAUUUGGCUCAUAAUGCAGUGCAGAGGCUCAAAGUAGCUAUAGGUGCAAGUCGGAAGACAUUGAGCGAAACGUCUGUUCCAGUAGACUUGAUUCAGUCAUCGUCCACAGAGCAGUUACGCACCAUUGUCAGAUACUUACUGGACACAUUGCUCAGCCUCCUUCACUCUUCGAAUGGGCAUUCUGUUCCUGCAGUUUUGCAGAGUACCUUUCACGCCCAGGCCUGUGAAGAACUCUUUAAACACUUGUGCAUCAGUGGCACCCCAAAGAUACGAUUGCAUACUGGCCUUCUCCUUGUUCAGCUGUGUGGUGGUGAGAGAUGGUGGGGCCAGUUUCUUUCUAAUGUUCUUCAGGAACUGUAUAAUUCAGAGCAGCUUCUCAUCUUUCCACAAGAUAGGGUCUUUAUGUUACUUUCCUGCAUUGGUCAGCGAUCACUUAGUAACAGUGGAGUAUUGGAAAGCUUACUUAAUCUCUUGGAUAAUUUAUUGUCCCCUCUUCAGCCAGAGUUAACCAUGCACAGAAGGACAGAAGGAGUCCUAGAUAUUCCCAUGAUCAGUUGGGUUGUCAUGCUGGUGUCCAGGUUACUGGAUUAUGUGGCCACUGUUGAAGAUGAAGCAACAGCUGCAAAGAAACCUUUGAAUGGUAAAGACAGGGAGAGGUUUCUGACAGGUAACCAGUGGAGUUUUAUCAACAAUAAUCUACACACUCAGAGCUUAUUAAAUAGAUCAUCCAAGGGAGGCAGUAGCCUUGAUAGAUUGUAUUCCAGAAAAAUCAGAAAGCAGCUUGUUCAUCAUAAGCAGCAACUUAAUCUACUAAAGGCAAAACAGAAGGCUUUGGUGGAACAGAUGGAAAAAGAAAAAAUACAGAGUAACAAAGGCUCAUCCUAUAAACUGCUAGUCGAGCAAGCAAAACUAAAGCAGGCGACCUCUAAGCACUUUAAGGAUUUGAUUCGCUUGCGCCGGACAGCAGAAUGGUCGCGUUCGAAUUUAGACACUGAAGUUACAACAACAAAAGAAAGCCCCGAGAUAGAACCUCUGCCAUUUACUCUGGCCCAUGAGCGGUGUAUCUCAGUAGUGCAAAAGCUUGUUCUGUUUCUCCUGUCCAUGGAUUUCACAUGCCAUGCAGACCUCUUACUAUUUGUCUGUAAGGUUCUUGCACGGAUUGCAAAUGCGACAAGGCCAACCAUUCAUCUGUGUGAGAUUGUGAAUGAACCACAGCUGGAAAGACUGCUAUUGCUUCUGGUUGGAACUGACUUCAAUAGAGGAGACAUCUCUUGGGGUGGUGCUUGGGCUCAGUAUUCCCUAACCUGUAUGCUGCAGGAUAUUUUAGCAGGAGAAUUGUUGGCUCCAGUAGCUGCAGAAGCAAUGGAAGAAGGCACAGUGAGUGAUGAUGUGGGUGCCACAGCUGGUGACUCUGAUGACUCCCUGCAGCAGUCUUCCGUUCAGUUGCUGGAAACCAUAGAUGAACCUUUGACACAUGAUAUAGCAGGCACACCUCCUCUCUCUUCUUUGGAAAAAGAUAAGGAAAUUGACCUUGAACUACUUCAAGAUCUAAUGGAAGUUGACAUUGAUCCUUUAGAUAUUGAUCUAGAAAAGGAUCCUCUUGCAGCCAAAGUUUUUAAGCCUAUAAGCAGUACCUGGUAUGACUACUGGGGAGCUGAUUAUGGUACCUAUAAUUAUAACCCUUACAUUGGAGGCCUGGGGAUGCCUGUAGCAAAGCCACCAUCAAAUACAGAGAAGAACGGAUCCCAGACUGUCAGUGUUUCAGUAUCUCAGGCUUUAGAUGCUCGUCUAGAAGUUGGCCUUGAACAGCAAGCAGAACUUAUGUUGAAAAUGAUGUCUACUCUGGAAGCAGAUUCUAUUUUACAAGCAUUAACGAAUACAUCUCCUACCUUUUCACAAUCUCCAACCGGAACAGAUGAUUCACUUCUAGGGAGUUUACAAGCAACAAACCAGAACGGCCAGCUUAUUAUACAGUUAUCUUCUGUUCCAAUGUUAAAUGUUUGUUUCAAUAAACUUUUUUCCAUGCUUCAAGUCCAUCAUGUUCAGUUGGAAUCACUUCUUCAGUUGUGGCUCACAUUGAGCCUUAAUUCUAGUUCUUCAGGGAACAAAGAGAAUGGAGCAGAUAUUUUUUUAUAUAAUGCUAAUCGAAUACCUGUUAUCUCAUUAAAUCAAGCAUCAAUAACUAGCUUUCUCACAGUGCUAGCCUGGUAUCCAAAUACUUUACUCCGGACAUGGUGCCUUGUGCUUCAUAGCCUAACACUCAUGACAAACAUGCAGCUUACCUCUGGUUCCAGCAGUUCUAUUGGAAAUCAGGAGACUACGGCUCAUUUGUUGGUUUCAGAUCCAAACCUUAUUCAUGUAUUAGUGAAAUUUCUUUCUGGGACCAGUCCACACGGGACAAAUCAGCACAGCCCUCAGGUUGGUCCAACAGCUACACAAGCCAUGCAGGAAUUUCUCACUCGAUUACAAGUGCAUCUGUCUUCAACAUGUCCUCAGAUAUUCAGUGAACUUUUGCUCAAGCUAAUUCAUAUACUGUCUACAGAAAGGGGGGCCUUCCAGACAGGCCAAGGACCUCUUGAUGCUCAAGUGAAGCUGUUAGAGUUUACUCUGGAGCAGAGUUUUGAAGCUGUCUCAGUCAGUACUAUCUCUGCUGUGAUAGAGUCUGUCACCUUCCUGGUGCAUCACUAUAUCACUUGCUCAGACAAAGUGAUGUCUAGGAGUGGGUCAGAUAGCUCUGUAGGUGCUCGAGCCUGCUUUGGGGGACUCUUUGCCAACCUCAUUCGUCCAGGUGAUGCAAAAGCUGUUUGUGGUGAAAUGACAAGAGAUCAACUCAUGUUUGAUUUGUUAAAGCUUGUUAACAUUUUAGUACAGUUGCCUCUUUCAAGCAAUAGGGAAUACAGUGCAAGAGUGUCGGUGACUGCCAAUACAACAGACAGUGUUUCAGAUGAAGAAAAAGUCUCAGGAGGUAAAGACGUCAACGGAAGCAAUACCAGUAUUCCAGGAUCUCCUGCCUAUGUUGCUGACUUAGUCUUAGCCAACCAACAGAUUAUGAGCCAGAUUUUGUCUGCUCUAGGCCUGUGUAAUAGCAGUGCCAUGGCAAUGAUAAUUGGUGCAAGUGGGUUACAUCUCACGAAACAUGAAAACUUUCAUGGUGGGUUAGAUGCUAUAUCAGUUGGAGAUGGAUUAUUUACCAUAUUGACAACACUUAGUAAGAAAGCCUCUACAGUCCACAUGAUGUUGCAGCCAAUCUUGACCUACAUGGCCUGUGGAUACAUGGGCAGACAAGGUUCUCUUGCUACUUGCCAGUUAUCUGAACCAUUGUUGUGGUUUAUUUUGAGAGUGUUGGAUACUAGUGAUGCCUUGAAAGCAUUCCAUGAUAUGGGUGGAGUUCAGCUUAUUUGUAACAAUAUGGUUACCAGUACAAGAGCUAUUGUGAAUACUGCAAGAAGUAUGGUAUCAACUAUUAUGAAAUUUCUUGAUUCUGGUCCAAAUAAAGCUGUUGACAGCACUUUGAAAACAAGAAUCCUCGCCUCUGAGCCUGACAACGCAGAAGGAAUCCAUAACUUUGCACCCCUAGGUACAAUCACCUCUAGUAGUCCUACUGCCCAACCAGCUGAGGUGCUCUUGCAAGCCACACCACCACAUCGCAGGGCUCGUUCUGCUGCUUGGUCCUACAUCUUUCUACCAGAGGAGGCUUGGUGUGACCUUACUAUCCACCUGCCUUCAGCAGUGUUGCUGAAGGAGAUACAUAUUCAACCUCACCUUGCAUCUCUUGCAACCUGCCCAUCCUCAGUGUCUGUUGAAGUAAGUGCAGAUGGGAUUAAUAUGCUACCUUUGUCGACUCCUGUUGUCACAAGUGGUCUCACCUACAUAAAAAUUCAGCUUGUUAAAGCUGAGGUAGCUUCUGCUGUCUGCCUCCGACUACAUCGUCCUCGGGAUGCCAGCACACUAGGCCUUUCUCAGAUUAAAUUAUUAGGACUCACUGCUUUUGGUACCACUUCCUCAGCCACAGUUAAUAAUCCCUUUCUUCCAUCUGAAGAUCAAGUUUCCAAAACAAGCAUUGGAUGGUUACGAUUAUUACAUCAUUGCCUUACUCAUAUAAGUGAUCUAGAAGGAAUGAUGGCCAGUGCAGCUGCACCUACCGCCAAUCUGCUACAGACUUGUGCUGCCUUACUGAUGUCACCAUACUGUGGAAUGCAUUCACCCAACAUUGAGGUUGUACUUGUAAAGAUUGGAUUGCAGUCCACUAGAAUUGGCCUGAAGCUUAUAGACAUUCUCCUGAGAAAUUGUGCAGCAUCAGGCAGUGAUCCUACAGAUUUGAAUAGUCCUUUACUUUUUGGAAGGCUGAAUGGACUUUCCUCUGAUUCUACAAUAGAUAUUCUUUACCAGCUUGGCACAACUCAGGAUCCUGGAACUAAAGACAGAAUUCAGGCCUUGCUAAAAUGGGUCAGUGACUCUGCGACAAUGGCUGCUUUGAAGAGGAGUGGCAGGAUGAACUACGUGUGUGCGGGCUCCCCCGCUGUUGAGUAUGGCCUUCUCAUGCCGUCCCCGUCUCACCUGCACUGUGUCGCGGCCAUCCUUUGGCACAGUUAUGAACUGCUUGUAGAAUAUGACUUGCCAGCACUGCUGGACCGAGAGCUCUUUGAGUUACUUUUUAAUUGGUCCAUGUCUCUUCCAUGCAACAUGGUUUUGAAGAAAGCUGUUGACAGUCUACUUUGCUCCAUGUGCCAUAUACAUCCAAAUUAUUUUUCCUUGCUCAUGGGCUGGAUGGGAAUUAUCCCUCCUCCAGUGCAGUGUCAUCAUAGACUGUCCAUGACAGAUGACAGCAAGAAGCAAGAUCUUAGUUCUUCGUUGACAGAUGACUCCAAAAAUGCACAAGCACCUCUUGCACUAACUGAAUCCCAUUUAGCAACUCUUGCUUCCUCUUCUCAGUCUCCAGAAGCUAUUAAACAGUUGCUAGACUCAGGGUUGCCCUCCCUUCUUGUGAGGAGUCUGGCUAGUUUUUGUUUUAGCCACAUUUCCUACUCUGAAAGCAUUGCUCAGUCAAUAGAUAAUUCCCAGGACAAACUCCGACGGCAUCAUGUUCCACAGCACUGUAAUAAGAUGCCUAUCACAGCAGACCUAGUUGCUCCUAUUCUUAGGUUUUUGACUGAAGUUGGCAAUAGCCAUAUUAUGAAAGAUUGGCUUGGUGGUUCUGAAGUUAAUCCACUAUGGACAGCACUUCUGUUUCUAUUAUGUCACUCUGGGUCCACUGCUGGAGGACAUAAUUUAGGGUCACAACAGAGCAGCACAAGGUCAGCUUCUCAUUCUUCAGCUACUACAACAGGACUGACUACUCAGCAACGGACAGCCAUUGAGAAUGCAACUGUUGCCUUCUUUCUGCAGUGUAUUUCAUGUCACCCUAAUAAUCAAAAGCUGAUGGCACAGGUUCUCUGUGAACUGUUUCAGACAGCUCCUCAAAGGGGUAGCCUUCCAACAUCUGGGAAUAUUUCAGGGUUUGUACGAAGACUGUUCUUACAAUUGAUGCUGGAGGAUGAGAAGGUGACAAUGUUUCUUCAGUCACCAUGUCCACUGUACAAAGGGAGAAUUAAUGCAACUAGCCAUGUUAUCCAACACCCCAUGUAUGGAGCAGGUCAUAAGUUUCGUACUCUUCAUUUGCCAGUCUCAACAACAUUGUCAGAUGUUCUUGAUAGAGUUUCAGAUACUCCAAGUAUCACAGCUAAGCUAAUCAGUGAGCAAAAAGAUGAUAAAGAGAAGAAGAACCAUGAAGAGAAAGAAAAGGUUAAGGCAGAAAAUGGAUUUCAGGACAACUACAGCGUUGUUGUUGCUUCUGGGUUGAAGUCACAAUCUAAGCGUGCUGUGUCUGCUACACCACCUCGACCACCAUCCAGGAGGGGAAGAGCAAUUCCUGACAAAAUAGGAAGUACUUCCUCAAGUGCAGACACUGCCAACAAAAUAAUCACUGUCCCAGUGUUUCACUUGUUUCACAGACUCUUAGCAGGUCAGCCGUUGCCAGCUGAAAUGACGCUUGCGCAGCUUUUAACUCUUCUCUAUGACCGGAAACUUCCUCAAGGUUACCGUUCAAUAGACCUUACUGUUAAGUUGGGAUCAAAAGUCAUUACAGAUCCAAGUUUGUCCAAAACAGACUCUUUUAAAAGACUCCACCCCGAAAAAGAUCAUGGAGACUUAAUUGGUAGCUGUCCAGAAGAUGAAGCUCUUACUCCAAGUGAUGAAUGCAUGGAUGGAGUACUGGACGAAUCUUUGCUGGAAACCUGUCCCAUUCAGUCUCCAUUACAGGUUUUCGCAGGAAUGGGUGGAUUGGCUCUUAUUGCAGAGAGACUGCCCAUGCUCUACCCAGAAGUAAUUCAGCAGGUGAGUGCUCCAGUGGUGGCAUCUGCCACUCAGGAAAAACCAAAAGAUAGUGAUCAGUUUGAAUGGGUAACCAUAGAACAGUCAGGCGAGCUAGUUUAUGAAGCUCCAGAAACUAUCGCAGCUGAACCGCCACCUGUCAAGUCAGCAGUGCAAGCCACUUCUCCCAUACCUGCCCAUUCGCUGGCUGCUUUUGGAUUAUUUCUUCGUCUUCCGGGGUAUGCUGAAGUGCUCCUGAAAGAGAGAAAACAUGCCCAGUGCCUUCUUCGAUUGGUAUUGGGAGUUACAGAUGAUGGAGAAGGCAGCCACAUCCUGCAGUCUCCAUCAGCCAACGUGCUUCCAACCCUUCCUUUCCAUGUUCUUCGAAGCUUGUUCAGUGCCACUCCUUUGACAACUGACGAUGGUGUGCUUCUGCGGCGGAUGGCACUGGAAAUUGGAGCACUGCACCUAAUUCUUGUCUGUCUCUCAGCUCUGAGCCAUCAUGCACCACGAGUUCCAAACUCUAGCCUUAACCAAACUGAGCCACAGGUGUCAAAUUCUCAUAACCCUACAUCAACAGAAGAACAACAACUCUAUUGGGCCAAAGGGACUGGCUUUGGCACUGGUUCCACAGCAUCAGGAUGGGAUGUGGAACAAGCCUUAACCAAACAGAGGCUAGAAGAGGAGCAUGUAACCUGUCUUCUGCAGGUUCUUGCAAGUUACAUAAACCCCUUGAGUGGUGCUGUAAAUGGCGAAGCCCAGUCAUCUCCUGAGAGCCGAGGACAGAACAGUAGUGCUCUGCCCUCCGUGCUUCUGGAGCUUCUUAGUCAGUCCUGCCUCAUCCCUGCCAUGUCCUCCUACCUGCGAAAUGACUCUGUUCUGGACAUGGCAAGACACGUGCCACUAUACCGGGCUCUGCUAGAAUUGCUCCGGGCCAUUGCUUCUUGCACAUCUAUGGUGCCGCUGUUGUUGCCUCUUUCUACGGAGAAUGGUGAAGAAGAAGAAGAAGAAGAAGAACAGUCAGAAUGUCAGACUUCUGUUGGUACAUUAUUGGCCAAAAUGAAGACCUGUGUUGAUACCUAUACCAACCGCUUAAGAUCUAAAAGGGAAAAUGUUAAAACAGGAGUCAAACCAGACGCACCUGACCAAGAACCAGAAGGACUUACUCUUCUGGUCCCAGACAUCCAGAGGACUGCUGAGAUCGUCCAUGCAGCCACCACCAGUCUUCGGCAAGCAAAUCAAGAAAAAAAACUAGGUGAAUACUCAAAGAAAGUGGCUAUGAAACCCAAACCUUUGUCAGUGUUAAAAUCGCUUGAAGAGAAAUAUGUGGCUGUCAUGAAGAAACUACAGUUUGAUACAUUUGAAAUGGUCUCUGAAGAUGAUGAUGGGAAACUGGGUUUUAAAGUAAAUUACCACUACAUGUCUCAGGUGAAAAAUGCCAACGAUGCCAACAGUGCUGCCAGAGCCCGCCGUCUGGCUCAGGAAGCGGUAACACUUUCAACCUCACUGCCUCUGUCAUCGUCUUCCAGUGUUUUUGUACGCUGUGAUGAGGAGCGACUUGAUAUCAUGAAGGUUCUGAUAACUGGGCCAGCAGACACCCCCUAUGCAAACGGCUGCUUUGAGUUUGAUGUGUAUUUUCCUCAAGAUUAUCCUAGCUCACCUCCUCUUGUGAACCUAGAAACAACUGGGGGUCAUAGCGUGCGCUUCAAUCCCAACCUUUACAAUGAUGGCAAGGUUUGUUUAAGCAUCCUGAACACAUGGCAUGGAAGACCAGAAGAGAAGUGGAAUCCUCAGACAUCAAGCUUUUUGCAAGUGUUGGUUUCUGUCCAGUCCCUUAUAUUAGUAGCUGAGCCUUACUUUAAUGAACCGGGAUAUGAACGGUCUAGAGGCACUCCCAGUGGCACACAGAGUUCUCGAGAAUAUGAUGGAAAUAUCCGACAAGCAACGGUUAAAUGGGCGAUGCUAGAACAAAUCAGGAAUCCUUCACCAUGCUUUAAAGAAGUUAUACACAAACAUUUUUACUUGAAGAGAAUUGAGAUCAUGGCCCAGUGUGAGGAGUGGAUUGCAGACAUCCAGCAGUACAGCAGCGAUAAGCGGGUGGGCAGGACCAUGUCUCACCAUGCAGCAGCUCUCAAGCGCCACACUGCUCAGCUCCGAGAAGAGCUACUGAAACUUCCCUGUCCUGAAGGCUUAGAUCCAGACAUUGACGAUGCCUCCCAGGUGUGCAGGGCCACAGCGCGUGCUGAAGAGACUCUAACACACGACCAUGGCAAACCCAACAGCAGCAAAGACCUCCCCAGUGACUUCCAAUUAUGAGCUGCAUUGAUGUGGAUUUCAUAGACACAACGGCUUCGGAAGCACAAGCCAAAUAUGUCAAUAUUUGUAUGUAAGAAACUAAUUAUGUAAUAGGUAAUGGAACUGAAACUAUACUAUGCCCUUAAGGAGAUCCAGUUUAAUUCAAGGUGAUCUUUGAUUUACCUGUACAAGAGUGUAAACUUUUUUGUGCUUUUAUUUUUCAAUUGUGAGAACCACUGAUUGGUAUGUUCAACAAAUUUGUGUAUACAAAGAAAUGGAUAAAUCACUGAUCUAUAAGGGAAACUACCUUAGGAAAGAAUGUUUACUGAAUGUUUAUCUUUCUUUUUUUUUUUUUUUUUACUGUAGAGUGAGAGGUUGUUAACAAAGGAUAUAUAUUGGUCAUUCUUACAACUGCUAUUUAAAGUCAGCAACUUUUCACUGAAUUUGAUAGAUUUUAUGUUUGACCAUAUCUUCAUGCUCAUAUUUGAUUUCUGAAGACCUCCUACAUACACUUUAAUAAAAGUUAAACAGACAUAGCCCUUCUUUUUUGAUUUACUGGUACAUUUUUAAGUAAUAAAUCUGCCAUAAAAUGCACUAUAGCUGGAGACUUGCACUUGUAUGGAUGAAUUUAUUACAUUCAACAUAUUUAAUUUUAUGCCUUCUAAGAUGCAGAAAAAAAUAAAUGAACAUGAUUUUAUUCUAUGCCAAACAUUGGGCCUCUGAAUGUAUCAAUUCUUUGAAUUUAAGUAUAUGAAAAGGUAUGGUCAAUUGGAAAAGUCACUUUAAACUGUUUUCCUCAAGGGCUCCUCUCUGUCUGGACUGUGUGGUUUUGUUCCUGAAGUCCCAUGUAUGUAUCAACACGGAGGCUCUGUAGAGGAGAGAGGCUGGGCCUCUCUGGUGCUGUUACAGUACACUCUGUACCUGCCAUACAGGCUCAUUUUCAUGCAAAUUCUUCUAGAGCCAAUAAAUAAAAACUUAGGUGAAUUAGUA